AUGAGCAUUCGUCACGCUGCUUGCGAACCUUGCCGACGGGCCAAGCUGGCUUGCGGCCACGAGCGGCCCACUUGUGCCCGAUGCCGCAGCCGUGAUCAGAUUGAUCUCUGUCUCUAUCGAGCUCGGCCGUUCCGGAGAAAGAGCCACAGUGAUCGCAUCAGAGAGCGAAGGCAGUCCAUCCACGUGGAAGCUCUGACCACUCCGCCCUUGGACACUUCGCCGAUCGCAGAGGUUCUGGGUGCCUCGUCAGUUCGUCCUCGUCGGUACCCCAAUCCUGGCUAUCUUGGCGAUGUGAGUCACGCAAACAUCUUCAACCAGGUGUCUUCACGUGCCCCUUCUUGGGUGGCCGUCUCCCAGCAUGAUGAGUCUGUCCAGCCGCCAAUACCCAGUCCUCCAGCAGACACAUUCAUCGAUCAAGCAACGUUUGAUAGAGCCAAUCACGCGCUGAGCCUUUUGGAUCAACUGCAAGUCUCCGGACUGGCAUCUCUAAUACGAUUCUGGCUCAAAAAGGGAGUCAGUCUGGCGCUAGGGGAGCCUUUCGUCGAGACUUGUGCUGAAGCGGCUGUUGACUGGAGAGAGUUGUCAACCCCUGUCGGAAGCAAUGCUCACGAUGUCGGCGUUGGAAUUGCUCAAAGGGCAAGAGUCCUACUGGAGAACACCCACAGGCCGAUUUCGGUGCAUAGACACUCCACCGCUUCCGAGUACCUUUCGCAGAUGUCUGGUAGGAACAUCCGCUGGGAAAGUCUUGGCAUAUUCCUUGCUGCUGCGAGUCGAGCUGCUUUAGAUACCUCUUCGUUUGCUCCACUUUACAACAGUGACGAGGGACGUCGCGGGCUUAUCAAAGCUUUGACGUAUAUUGGAGAUUGUUGCUUGGAGACGUGCCUCGCGUUGGAUUGUCUGAAUGAUUUACAACUCGUAUUGCAGUAUGAGAAUCUAAUCGUCCACUCGCAAGUUGACGGCGACCAGAGCUACCACUCUUGGCGGCGAAUGGGAGAUGUUGCAAGCUCCCUGUUUGCUCUUGGCUAUCACGAAAAAAUAGACGAAGCCUGCUCCAACAUCCCUUUGUUUGUUGCUGAGCUGCGUAGAUCUUGCUUCGCCCGCAUCUACGCAGCUGACAAGAGCUUAGCCAUUUUCCUUGGGCGCCCUCCGCGAAUCAUGAAGGAAUUUUGCUAUUUCCAGCUCCCGACCAAAUUUGCGAGCGUUUGGGAAGACUCCGAUGGCAUUGGAAAGAGCAGGGGCAGUCCUUUGUCGUCCCCCAUGAUAACAGGUCGAGAGCGAGACGUCGAAGAGCCCAACAGUGAACAAGUUUUGAAUUACACUUCCGAUACGUUUUGUUCAGCCCUGUUCGCAGUCAUCAAAGAAGAAAUACUCCAACUAUUUCGCAAGCGCCAAGCUUCCGGUGAGACUAGCAUUAUCAACCUUAAAGACUGUCCUCUAGGACCCUUUGCAAGAGAUUUCUUGGCUGGGGCUCGACUGGAGUAUCUUCACACGCAUUUUCUCCUAGGAUUUCUUUCUCAACGCAAAGUGGCUGAACCCGAAGAAGCGCUGUUGAGGACCUCAACCGAAAUGCUCUCGAUCGUCGUAGAAACGAUCAUCCUCCGUGAUCGAAUGGCAAACUCGGGAACGUGCCUCAUUUGGAAGGUCGCCCAAUACGGACUACCAGCAGCCGGAAUCAUCUCUCUCGCCCUUCUCAACUCUACAGCCCCCGACUCGCGCCAAUUCUCUCGCUCCAAAAUGAUACAGGCUCUCAGCGUGCUCGUCGCCGAAAUCACCAUCGGAGCGUGGAUUCAGCCAGGCGAACCAAACUUCGCGCUCUUCUCACAGGCGACGAGGACGAUUCAGAGCUUGCUCGACUCACUCACCGCGAUCAAGGCACCUUCGAGGGCCAGCGAUUCGCAGCAACUUCUGAAUUCCGAUGUUGCUGAUAACUGGGACCCUUAUAUCAAUUCGCAGUCUUGGGAGCUUGAGAUGGAUUUCUGGGCUAGUUUGGCCGAGCACCCCACGCUUGUU